AUGACCAACUCAAAGGGUCUCAGGCGCGGAACGCGCUACAUGUUCGCUCGAGAUUUCCGUAAGCAUGGAAUUGAACAUCUGUCCACCUACUAUCGCAUUUAUAAGCGAGGAGAUAUUGUCGACAUCAAGGCAAACGGUGCUUUCCAAAAGGGUAUGCCCUUCAAGGCUUAUCACGGCAAGACGGGAACUGUAUUUAACGUUACGAAGAGUGCUGUCGGAGUGAUCGUCAACAAGCGUGUUCGAGGACGAAUUAUUCCCAAACGUAUCAACAUCCGAGUCGAGCACGUAAAGCCGUCCACAUGCCGACAGGACUUCUUGAACCGCGUGAAAGCUAAUGAACGAGAAGAAGAAGGCAGCGAAAGCCGCUGGCGAGCCACUGCCAGUUCUUAA